AUGGUCACCGGACACGACUAUCUGAAGGAACAUCUUCAUAAAAUAGGAGUGGCAGACUCUCCACUAUGUAGCCUAUGCAAUGCGGCAGAAGAUAUAUACUCGCUUCUUCUGAUGCUUUCCUACAACAACUCAAAGAUGAGCUCGGAGAAGUCGUUGCAGAAAUGGAAAAUAUGGAUGCGGCCGACGACAGCGGUGAAGAGAUACGUUAAGACAUUGGCUGAAGUUGUAUCCUGUUGUUAUUGUUGUUGGAAGAUAGCUGUUCCCGGUAGAGAUAAGGCUAUCGCUGGAAGCUUCCCUCCCCUCCUCCCCUCCCCCCCACCUCCUAUAACCCAGCCGGAAAGUGGAGAUAAUAAAGGGCAAUUCUAUUGGUUACUUGCUGGCGGUUCUGCUGGAGCACUAUCGCGAGGCGAGGACAACUCCACGAUAUGCUGGAAUCGGUUGUUCAGUUCAGGUUUAGUACCUCAGCUGCAGUACAAGAUUGAAUCCUGUUCAACAUAA